GACCCUCACAUCCCCAGACCCUCACAUCCCCAGACCUCCGGACCCACAGAACCUCACAUCCCAGACCUCCGGACCCACAGACCCUCACAUCCCCAGACCCACAGACCUCCAGACCCUCAGACCUCCAGACCUUCACAUCCCCAGACCCCCAGAUCCUCACAUCCCCAGACCCUCAGACCUCCAGACCCUCACACUCGCAGACGCUCAGACCUCCAGACCCACAUACCUCCAGACCCCUAGACCCUCAGACACACCCAGUCCGCUUCCUUCAUUCAACACAACAACAACAACAACAACAACAAAAGGGUGCGUCGGGUUUCCGGUUGAGCGCGCGCCUUUCAGCGGCUCUGGUGCAGAUGUGAUCCGGGAUGUCAGAGUCUGUCCCCGGUGGUCUACCUGCAGUGGUGCGUUCAGGGUCUCCUUCCUUCCUCUGUAAAAACAACAAGUACUGUGAUUCAUUAUGUGCAUGAACAUAGGAAUGGUCCAGAAGUUGGACCAGAAGCUCCCGGUGGCCAACGAGUACCUCCUCCUGUCGGGGGGCGUUCGGGAGGGGGUGGUGGACAUGGACCUGGACGAGCUGAGCGUCUACGCCCGCGGCACGGACUACGACAUGGACUUCACUCUGCUGGUCCCGGCGCUCAAACUCCACGACCGAAACCAGCCGGUGACCCUGGACAUGAGGCACUCGGCCCUGGGCCACUCCUGGCUCAGCCUCCGCCUCUUCGACGAGAGCACCAUCAACAAGUGGAAGGACUGCUGCACCAUCGUGGACCACAUCAGCGGCACCACCAACUACUUCUUCUCCCCGACACUGGUGGCGGACUGGUUCUACCAGUCCAUCUCCCUGGUGCUGCUGGAGGUGCAGAAGAAGCCACAGAGAGGGAUGCCGCGGGUGGAGAAGGUGGAGAGGAACGGCACCAUCAUCUCCGUCAUCCUGGGCGUCGGCAGCAGCCGGAUGCUGUACGACAUCGUCCCCGUGGUGUCCUUCAAAGGCUGGCCGGCCGUGGCUCAGAGCUGGCUGAUGGAGAACCACUUCUGGGACGGGAAGAUCACCGAGGAGGAGGUGAUCAGCGGCUUCUACCUGGUCCCCGCCUCCUCCUUCAAAGGCCGCAAGGAGAACGAGUGGCGCCUGUCGUUCGCCCGCAGCGAGGUGCAGCUGAAGAAGUGCAUCUCGUCCAGCCUGAUGCAGGCGUAUCAGGCCUGCAAGGCCAUCAUCAUCAAGCUGCUGUCCCGCCCCAAAGCCAUCAGCCCCUACCACCUGCGCAGCAUCAUGCUGUGGGCCUGCGACCGCCUGCCCACCAACUACCUGGGCCAGGACGACUUCUCCGCCCACUUCCUGCUGGGCCUGAUCGAUGACCUGCAGCACUGCCUGGUGAACAAGAUGUGCCCCAACUACUUCAUCCCCCAGUGCAACAUGCUGGAGCACCUGUCGGACGAGACGGCCGUGCUGCACGCCCGCAAGCUAUCCUCGGUGCGCUCCGACCCGGCCGAGCACCUGCGCACCACCAUCGAGCACGCCAAGGCCGCCAACCGGCUGACGGUAGACCUGCAGUGGCGGGGGGGCGGCGCCAACAACCCGCCGUCGCCGCAGUCCGACGCCGGCGGGGAGAACCAGCCGGACGACCGGCUGGCCAAGAAGCUCCAGCAGCUGGUCACGGAGAACCCCGGGAAGUCCAUCUCGGUCUUCAUCAACCCGGACGACGUCACGCGGCCGCACUUCCGCAUCGACGACAAGUUCUUCUGAGACUGAGACCUCCUCCUCACCCGGUGCCCCGCCUCCUCUGAAACUUUAUCUUCUAACACGUUUCUUAUGUUUCUGCCACAGAGUGAAGUGCGGCGAUCGUCUAGUUGUGUCUGCCACAAUGUUUUUUAUGUUAUUUUUCUACUCCCCUCAAACUGUUUUCUACCUGCUGAAGGCCUUUAUAUGUGUGUG